CAACCAUCGAAACAUUCUGACUCCCUAAUCAACCAACGAACAAAGUCUGUUAAACUUUACAGUUAGAAAUUCUUCGGGAACUACAACUGGAACAAGGACGAGGAUCGGAAUUGGGUUUUGAAGUCAACUAUGGAUUUUUCGAGAGAAGAAAGUGAGCAAUCGACAAAAGAGUAUGGUGAGGAUAUUGAGAAAAAUGACAGUGAAUAUGUGGGGGAUGAGUAUGCUGAUGUUAUUGAUGACUUUGAAUUUGAUACUCAUGUGGAUCCAAAUGUUGAAUAUGUGGGGGUUGGUGAUGAAAAAAACAAAGCAAUUAUAGAGGCAGAAGCAGUAGGAAAAGGUGGUUUUAGUGUGCAUAAUCUUAAUGAUUGUCCAAACUUGUCUGAUGAUGCGUCAAUAAAUGAGUCUGAUAGUGAUGGUUCAGUCUCUAAGUGGAGUAACUUUAGGGCAAACACAGACAUGAAAAAUCCUAAAUUUACUCUAGGCCUGACUUUUGGUAGUAAAAAAGAAUUCAAAGAUGCAGUGCUAAACUAUGCUUUUAAAAAUGGAAAAGAGUUGAAGUUUGUAAGGAAUGACAAAAAUAGGUACAUUGUAGAGUGCAAACACAAUGCGUGUCCAUGGAGAAUCAACCUUAGAAAAGAUCCUAAGUGUGAAUCAUGGAGAAUAUUAAGCAUGAGAGAUAUACAUGAUGGAUGUUCAUGGGUUUAUAAGAACAAGAUGGUCAAAUCAAGCAUUGUUGCAAGGAGAUGGACCAAGGAAGUUCAACAUCAUUUUGGAUUGGAAAAUGCUGAAUUUCAAGGACAAAGUUUGUACAGCUGAAAGGUUUGAUAUGAGUGAUAGGCAAGCUUGGAGAGCUAUGGCACAAGCAAAGAAAAAGAUCCAAGGUGAUGAAGAAGAAAAUUUCAAGAUGCUAUGGGGUUAUGUGGCAGAAAUCAAUAGAACAAAUUUCAUGUCUACUUGUCGUGUUAAAUUGAGUGAUCUAACAGAUUUGAGUGGACAUAGUAGGUUUAUGAGGUUAUAUAUGUAAUGGGAAGCUUGUAAAAAAGGUUUCAAAUUCUGUAGGCCAAUAAUAGGUGUUGAUGGUUGUCACCUUAAGUUAGCCACAAGAGGCCAAAUGCUUAUUGCAAUUGGAAUAGAUGCCAAUGAUAGUAUUUUCCCAUUGGCAUAUGCAAUAGUGGAGGGUGAAAAUAAACAAUCUUGGUGUUGGUUUUUAGAAUUUUUAAAGAGAGAUUUAUUAAUUGGAGAACACAAUGAAGAAGAGUUCACUUUCAGAUCUGACAAACAGAAAGGUCUAUUGCCAGCUUUUGAAGAUACACUGCCUAGAUCUGAACACAGAUUUUGUGUACGACAUCUACAUGGGAAUAUGAAACUUGCUGGGUUUCAAGGUAAGGCAAUUAAAGAUGCUUUGUGGAAAUGUGCUAGGUCAUGUACUAUAUCUACAUUCACAGCAUCUAUGAGAGAGUUAAGGGACUUAGAUGUUAAGGGACUUAGAUGUUAAGGCAUGUGAGUGGCUAAAUGGCAAGCACCCAAGUGGUCAAGGUCUCACUUUUCAUGCACUCCACAAUUUGACAUGCUUGUAAACAAUAUUUGUGAGUGCUUUAAUUCUAUUAUAUUGGCAGCUAGAGAAAAACCUAUAAUUGCUUGCCUAGAAGGCAUGAGGCAUUUAUUGAUGACUAGGUUUUAUGAUUCUUAUCAAAAAACUAAGGAAUAGAGUUCUGAAAUUUGUCCUAGAGUGCUAGAGAAGUUGCAGUGGAAUGAGAAGCAAGCUGCCAGCUAUAGAGGAUUUCAGUGUGGUCUACAUGAGUUUGAUAUACAAGGUUUUUAUGGAGACCAACAGUCUGUGAAUUUGGAAGUAAGAUCUUGUACUUGUAGAAUAUGGGAUUUAACUGGAUUGCCUUGCAAACAUGCCAUUUGUGCUAUUUGGAUUAAGCAUGGGAAAGGUCCUGUUUAUGCAUAUGUCAAUCCAUGUUAUACAAAGGCAAGAUAUUUACAAAUCUAUGAAGGAUCAAUUCAUCCUAUGGCAGGUGUAAGUGAAUGGCCAGUGGUUGAUAGAACUCCACCUUUACCCCCCCUGUUUAUAAUGCUAAACCUGGCAGACCAAAGAAAUUGAGGAAAAGGUCUACUGAUGAGAUAACCAAUGAUGGAGAGCAUGUGGCUAGAACUUGGAUAAAAUUGCAUUGUAGCAAGUGUAGAAAAUCCAGGCACAACUCAAGAAGAUGUCCUCUAAACACACAGAACAAGGGAAAAUAGGUUUGAUACUUCUUCUGUUUUUUUUUUUGGUUAAUUAUCAUAAUUUCCCUCAUUCACAUGUUUUUGUUUCACUUUGUGUUGGAUGAAACCAAGAAAAAAAGUUAGGGAUCCAGUGCAUGUGAAGGUGGAAUUGCCACCAACUCAAGAUAGAGUCCAUCCUACUACUUCACAAGAGGAUAACAACUUACUUAUUGAAGCAGGAUAUGAUCCAGCCACUGUAUUUUCCUUGGAAGAUCUAGAGUGGAGUCAAAAUAAUUAUUGAAGCAAGAUAUGAUCAAGCUACCUACUGUGAAUUUUGAUGUCUACUGUGUUUGCUGUGAAUUUUACUGUCUACUGUGUUUGCUGUCAAUUAUGUUGUGAAUUCUGGUGUGAAUUUUGAUGUGAAUUCUGCUAUGAAUUAUUGGUUAGAAUUGUCUAUACCAAUUGGUUAGAAUUGGUUCUAGUGGAUUUUGUUAGAAUCUGCUUCUUGGUGGCAUAUCUGUGUAUUUUCUUGUAAGCUAAAGUCUAUACCAAUUGCUCAAACAACACAAAGAGACCAUUACAUUUUCUAUACCAUUUGCAUAGAGUUUGGUCAUGAUUUUCAAGAUCAUCUAAGUCACCCAGCUUAGGAAUGGUAUCACAAACACAGACCAUUACUGAAGCAAUAAAAACAGUUCAACCACAAUAACAGCUCAACCACAAUCAAUUGCUCAAACCACUGCCAUUUUAUAUAACUUCAUAACUGAUCUAAAUACAUGUUUACUUUACAAAGACAAUAGGAACAAGUUGCCUCAUAAUCAUUACAAAA